AUGGAGGAGAUGAAGAAUGAUGCGAUUGAAAUUUUGUCAGAUGACAGUUCAGUGGAAGGCAAGACAGAUUUCCUCGCGAAUGAAGAACCAGACAUUGCAACUUCCACUGAAUCAUGUGCGCAGCAUCCAUUUCAAAAAUGGAUGGAAAGCUUUCGAGCAAAUCGACGGGUCCCGCAAACCGUUCGAGAAAGAGAGGUGAUCGGCUGGUACGAGAAUGAUAGGCUGGACUUGGUUUCUCUCGCCCAGAACGACCAGCUACUGGAAGCACGCCGCAACUCAACGGCAUCGGACCGCUCCUCUCAACUGGGAACAGUCAGAACAUGGUCACUCGCCGUUACGAGUGUCAGCUGUGGAGCUUCACGAGGGAGAGCUCAGAGUAAUGCGGGCCUAAGCAUGGUGUCGAGCACUCGAAACUCGGCUGAAAGCUCUCGACCAACGUCGAAUCCUGGUGUCGACGAAAAUGCGGCCGAAACCCGAGCGACGGACAGACGCCGAAUUCUACGGGAAUUACUUACAACGGAGGUGGACUAUGUGAUCGGCUUGAAAGCUCUGAUACAGGUCGUCUCUUUCUUCGAGUUCAGACCCCAAUUAUCUCAAUGCAUUGAGGAGAUUUGUCUCGUCCAUGAGAGAUUUCUGCGCCAGCUGCAAGCAAUCACGCCAAUGUCUUCACCUGAACCGGACGUCUCGUCCAGUCUGGCGUCCCGAGGGCUUGCCAAACGCUUCAGCAGUAUCAACCUCUCGUCUUUGAAAAGGAUGCGAAGUCGUUCUCUCAGAGCCAUGAACUUCAAGGCAAUCGUGACGCAACGUGUCCGAGCGGCGAAAGCUGAGCCAUCGGAGGCUCUCGAAGUCGCACGCGCUCUUGAUAAUAUGUCGCGUUCGUUCGUUGUGUAUCAAAACUUUUGCAGGAAUUACGACGUUUUCACUCAGGAUUUGGAAAUACUGCAACGAUCACUGCCUGACUGGCCCAGUGUCGACAAUGGCAUCGAAGCACUAUCCAAGUCGGUCGCUUCCAUCAAUCGUCGGAAGCAAGAGGAUAAAAAAAGCAUGACCUUUAGCGACUUGAUGAUCAAGAAGCCUAUUCAGCGAAUUUGUAGAUAUCCGCUGCUUCUCCAAGACCUUUUAAAGGAGAUUACCAUCGGCGACUGCCGAUUUUCUCACUAUGAAAUCGGCAAUCCCGUCACGAGGGAUCGAAUCCGAAAGACAAUUCUUCUCCAAGAGAAACUCGAGUGUCCUGAAUCGUCAACCUUGCAGGACGUGUUCAAAGAUCUAGGGCCAAUGCAUCUGUGCGGUGUGUUGUUUGUCACUUAUCAGACACCCGGGCAAAUCACCGGGAGUUUCAUGGUCUGCGUCCUCUUCCCCUGUCAUUUCCUCGUUGCCAAACAAAUUGAGGGCAAGCGAUUGGAAGUUUUGGCCUGUGUAUACCUGUUGGACUUGAAGGAAGAGGCCGUACAGAAUGGGCAGGGCCUUGCUUGCUACGGAUGUCUGUUUUCGUGGAAAUUCCAAUUUCUCAUGGACGGAGAACACUACGAGUUUGUCCUCAGCGCGUCGUCAGCUGCUGAGGAGAAAGUCUGGCAGACAGAAACUCUGAAAUGCUCUGCAGCUCUUACUGAGAUGAGGCCUCUGCGGGCUGCGUGGAAUUUUCGACAGUACUCUUCGCUCAAUCUGCCGCUGGUAUCUCUGCACUAUAUCCAAUACCAAGUAAGCUCCCUGUCGCGACGCUCGUCGAUGGACUCUGUGGCUAUCGCUCGCAAGGCAAGAGUUCAGUCUGUGGUCAUCAAAAAGACACAUUUUCCCAAUUUGACAGAGGAUACUGUGGAGGCAUCCCCGGAGGGUGAAAUUGAACGGCCCAAGACCACGGUCCCGCGAGGAGCGGUCAUUGUGACUGCAAAGCGAGGGGACCGUGUUCGACUUGAGAGAUUGAUCUCGGAGUUUUGCACUACCGAUGUCCUACCCUCUCCCGGGAUGAUUGUCACCCGCAGCGAUCAGUUUCGCCGGCGCUCCAUCAUGCGGCAUCUCACUCUCUCCACUGCAUUUGGGCGACGGGGCACUUCCAAAGACGUUUCAAGUCAGGAGGAGUACCUUUUCGGUGAUGCACGACCUGUCGAGUAUUCCAGCGGAGAAGAAAAGAUCCUCCUCGCCGCAACAGUCGACGGGGCCGACGACCCCCGCUGCUCGGCGGAUGCCGCCUGUGAAUCGCCCCAAACGCCCACUUCUGCUGGAGAACAACGGGCCAUUCGGUCGCAGGUUUCAACCGGAGAAAUGUUCAAUUCGAUCUGCUGGGAACCAAGUGAACAUGGGAAUCAUCCAGAGGCCUCUACCCCUGGGUCUCCCUCUCGCAAGAAAUGGUUCGAUUCACUCUCCCCGCGGAGAUUGAUGCGAUCACGGCCCAGCUUGAAUUUCGAGGAUUGA